AUGAGCAUCCAGACGCCACCCACACUCCUGGUGCUGACAGCAAAGCGCCUGCUGAGGGACCAGGCCUCAGCCAUCACAGCUCUGGAGUACCUGCCCGCCGAGCUCUUCCCGGACCUGUUCGUCCUGGCCUACCGUAGUGGACACCACUGCCAGCUCCUGAAGGCGAUGGCCCAAGCCUGGCCCUUCACUGUCCUCCCUCUGGGGGCCUUGAUGCAGCAUCCCCCUGAUCAUGCCCCAACCAGCGCCAUGGGCUUAAAAGCCGUGUUUGAUGCGCUUGACGUUCUGCUUGCACAGGAGAUUCGGCCCAGGCAGGAGCAGGAGGAGCAGCGGUCCUUUUCCCAAUUCCUCUCUCAGAUGCUCAGGCUGCGGCACCUCCGAGACCUCAACAUGGAGUCUCCCUCCUUCCUCCGAGGCCGUCUGGACCAGAUGCUCAGGUGCCUGCAGACUCCCUUGGACAAACUCUCCAUAACACAUUGCCAGCGGCUGACCCAUUCAGACCUGACACACCUGUUCCAGUGCCCGAACCUCAGGCAGCUGAAGAUCCUGGAUAUAUUUGGCAUCAGCCUUGCCGGUUUCAGUCCCGAGCCCCUCCGAGCUCUGCUGGAGGCAGUGGCACCCACCCUCCAGGACCUGGGUCUGGAUAACUGUGGGAUGGCAGACUCCCAAGUCGAGGCCAUAAUGCCUGCCCUGAGCCGCUGCCACCAGCUCAGCUUCUUCACCAUCUCUAUAAACAACUUCUCUGUGGCCACCUUGGAGAAGCUGCUGCGCCACACAACCGGGCUGCACAGUUUACAGCUCGAGCUGUACCCUGUCCCCCUGGAAUGUUACAGGACCCGGGGGACUGUGGACCAGGAGAGAGUUGCCCUGAUCCAGGCUGAGCUCACGGGGAUAUUGAGGGAGUUAGGACAACCCAGGAGAAUUCUGCUUGCCACCAAGCACUUUAGACAUAGGGAGUUUUAUCACGUGGAAUUUUCAUGA